GCUAAGUAUUCUCGUGAAGUAUUGGAAAAUCAACAGCUUAUAAAGAAGGGUUUACCCGCUAACGAAUAUCUAUAUAAAGUUCCCAAACCCGGUGAACGAUUUAGUUACAUUGUAGUAGUACCUGAAGAGAUUUAUGAUAACUGCGGAAAAAAAAUACCACAACAAAAAGGAGACUGUAUGGAAUAUCCAGAUGUAGUAAAAAAGUUCAACAAGAAAAUAAAUAUUGAUUAUUAUAUUGAAA